CGUGUUCUCCCUUCUCCCCAGGCUUCCCAGUACUCGCCUAAGAUCGUAACGUCGGCAAUGGGGCUCCACGUUGAUGAACACUCAAAUUACAAUGUCCUCUCCAGCAUCGCAACGAGCGAUGGCCACGGGGAGAACUCCUCAUACUUCGAUGGCUGGAAGGCCUACGAUAAUGAUCCUUUCCACCCCAUCGACAAUCCUCAGGGGGUCAUCCAAAUGGGACUUGCAGAAAACCAGCUCUGCCUGGACUUGAUGCAGCAGUGGAUCAAGCAGAACCCACAGGCUUCCAUUUGCACCGGCGAGGGCGUUUCCGAGUUUAAGGACGUCGCGAACUUCCAAGACUACCACGGCCUGCCAGACUUCCGAAAGGCGAUUGCUAGGUUCAUGGGGAAAGCGAGAGGAGGAGGAGCUACGUUCGACCCGGAGCGCAUUGUAAUGAGCGGCGGAGCCACCGGAGCUCAGGAAACCAUCGCAUUUUGUCUAGCGAAUCCUGGGGAGGCCUUCCUGAUUCCAACGCCAUAUUAUCCAGGCUUCGAUCGAGACUUUCGGUGGAGAACUGGAGUUCAACUCCUCCCUAUUCAGUGCCACAGCUUCGACAACUUCAAGAUCACCGAACCCGCGCUAGUUACUGCCUAUCAAAGGGCACAAACAGCUAACAUCAGGGUUAAAGGAAUCCUGGUAACCAACCCUUCAAACCCUCUGGGUACAACCUUGGACAGAGAGACACUGAGAACCUUAGUGAGCUUCGCCAACGAGAAACGGAUCCACUUGGUGUGCGACGAGAUAUUCUCGGGCACCGUCUUCGACAAGCCUACCUACGUCAGCGUCUCCGAGAUCGUGGAAGAGGAACCAUACUACGACAGGGACCUAAUUCACAUCGUCUACAGUCUGUCCAAGGAUCUCGGCGUCCCUGGAUUCCGCGUGGGUGUCAUUUACUCGUACAAUGAUGCAGUGGUCAGCUGUGCUCGGAAGAUGUCCAGCUUUGGACUGGUCUCGACUCAAACGCAGCACCUACUGGCUUCCAUGCUGGGAGAUGAUGACUUCACAACCAAAUUUUUGGCGGAGAGCAGGAGGAGAUUGUCGCGCAGGCACAAAUAUUUUACUGCUGGCCUCCACAGAGUUGAUAUCAAAUGUUUGGAGAGCAAUGCGGGGCUAUUCUGCUGGAUGAACUUGACGCAUCUGCUAAACGAAGCCACGGUGGAGGCGGAACUCAAGCUGUGGCGAGUGAUAAUUAAGGAGGUGAAGCUCAACAUUUCACCGGGGUCUUCGUUCCACUGCUCUGAGCCGGGGUGGUUCAGGGUGUGCUUCGCCAACAUGGACGAUAACACCAUGGAAACCGCAUUGAAGAGGAUCAGGAAGUUUGUGUCCCCCGGGAAUCACACUGCGGCUGCGCAAGCCAAGAAGAAGAACAAGAGGUGGGACGCGGCGCUCCGCCUAAGUUUGCCUCGUCGGUUCGAGGAACUGAGCAUCAUGACACCUCGCCUCAUGUCUCCUCACUCGCCCCUUGUUCAGGCCGCCAACUGAUGGUGAUGGAUGAGCGUGGGCGAUAUUAACCGACGGGACAUCGCUUAAUUUCCCCUCUGCCCCAUCAGCAGGUAGUGUAGAAACAGUCCUUAUCGCUCUCGAGUCCUUGGAAAAAGGAUGCAGAGUCCUUUACAAACGUCAAAAAUUUUUUUUUUUCCGUUUUUUAAUUCCUGAGAAAUGCUACUGACCAAUGUGUCACAAAUUUCUUUGUUCUUUCUCAUUCAUAUUAUUCCGAAUAAGGUGGGGAAGGUGCACCGUAAAAAAUCCCUUCCCCUUUUUAGUUGCAAAAGCAAUGUAUUCCGGGUGAAAGAAACAUGGAUUCCUUGAAUUCAAUAACAUCUUUACAUAAUUCUUUAAAGUUAA